GGGAUUGCUUCUUCUUGAUGCUACUACCGGUAGACAGACCAGAACAAUUUGACAAAACAAUACCGUACUGUUUUCGCUCCAUAGCUGUCUCUUGGAUCGGAAUCGUUCGAGUUGGAAUACGUGUACCAUAAACAUCCACAUCUUUAUUCAGUCAAAAACAAAACGCGAAUCCAGCAUCAACCACCAUGUCGUAUGAUCGUGCCAUUACUGUAUUUAGUCCGGAUGGACACCUGUUGCAGGUCGAAUAUUCCAUGGAGGCCGUCCGAAGAGGAUCAACUGUUGUUGGAAUCCAAGGAAACGAUUGCGUUGUCCUGGCCGUCGAAAAAAGAGCCCUUGCGAAGUGAGUGUGCAUCGAAAAGGAAGCGGACUUUGAUGGUUCUGGCACGCAAAAUGUAUAAAAUGAAUCGUCAUUUUUCCGAAUGCGUCGGUCUUUGCUGCUCAAUUGUGUGGCGAGUUAAAUUAUGAAAGGUCCUUUCUCACAAAUUUUCUUCUGCUUGGCGUUGUGUUUGAUUACGGUAUUGUUAACAAUUCGACAUUGAACCAAAUUGUUCCGCUUUUCUCUGAUUUCUUUUCUUGGAACUAAAAUCAUUUGAUUGCAAAUAACCUUUGCAAACCUCGUACCGUCAGACUCCAAGAUUCUCGAACCAUUCGAAAAAUUGCCAAUAUCGAUGAUCGAACCGUGCUUGCUUUUGCCGGCCUAACUGCCGAUGCCCGUGUCCUAAUCAACAAGGUCCGUUUGGAGGCGCAGUCGUACCGAUUAACCAUGGAGGAUGCUCCAUCGGCCGACUAUUUGGCUCGAUACCUUGCUCGAAUUCAACAAAAGUACACACAACAGGGAGGAGUGCGGCCUUUUGGGAUUGCCACUCUAGUAGCGGGCGUCAACGAUGAUGACAAGGGGCUAAAACCGUACUUGUACCAGACAGACCCUGCAGGAACACACUCGAGGUGGAAAGCUCAGGUUAUUGGAGGACGCAACUCGAAAUCGUUGCGAGAAUUUUUGGAAAAACAGUAUCAAGAAAUCGAGCAGGAAGAACUUACCGAGGAAAAGAGUGUCCGAUUGGCCGUACAGGCGUUACUAGAGGUAGUAGAUAGCGGGGCGAAGACUAUGCAAGUGUGCGUGGUCCGUCAAGGUGGAGUGAAGGAGAUGCUCGAGGAAAGCGCUAUCCAAGCACACGUAGAUGAGAUUGAAGCUAGCAUGGAAGAAGAAAAACGACCAGCAGAGUAAAAAGUGCGAGAAACGUUUCGAUAACGUGUUUCUCUGAUAAUUUUUCUCUCUUUUAUUAUACUUCAGACCAUGGAUUUGACCAUCAACUAGUUGGCGUCACAAAACUUUCUUCGUUUAAAUAAGUAAUUCCAUUGAAA